AUGUGUGCAUUGGUCCAGACUUCGGUCCAUCGCCCAAAGCUGAUGAAUUUACGAAUAACAUUAACGAAGGAAGAUGCUCGAAAUGUCUACUUUCCGCAUCACGAUCACUUGGUCAUUGACACCCAAAUCACCAACAAAAGAGUAUCUCGAGUGUUGGUAGACAAUGGAAGUUUUGCCAACUUAUUGUUCAAGCUGACCUUCACAGCAAUUGGCUUAACGGAGGUGGAGCUAGACUCGUGCCUAGCACAGAUAUACGACUUCAAUGGGGACUCAUUGCUCCAGAUGGGCAAGAUACAACUCCCAAUUACAUUGGGAAAUGAUGCUCAAAACACUUUCAAAUACUACACAUUCGUGGUAGUGGACUGUCCCAUUGCGUAUAAUGUGAUUUUUGGGCAUCCCGCUCUGGUCGAUUUUGGUGUUGUUACCUCCAUCCGCCACCUAUACUUAAAGUUCCCAUGUGAUAACGAUGGAUUGGGGACAAUAUGGGGAGAUCAGAAGAAUGCCCAGAAGUGUUCUCAAGUGUCUUCCAGAUCAAUCUUUAUGGUUCGCGAAGAGCCUCUAGAAGAGGAGGAUGUCGCUCCAAUCUCACAACCACAACCAGCACGAGGGAUGGUCUAG